AUGGAUUCUUCAACUCUUAAGGUUAGUUUUCAAGAUGCUAUCGAGCACGCCCCAGGCGGUUUCAACCAAAUAAAAAUUGAAAAUGGUCGCGGAGGCUCCAUGGGGAUAUCUUUUCAUCGAACUAUUCGUGUUCCGGACGAUGGCAAUAACUAUCAGCUUCCACCGGAUCUUGGAAAAUUCCCAAUCUAUGACAUUGACGAGUUCGCAGGGAAGUUGCCAAUUGAGCUUGUUAGGAAAGGAGGCAUUUUUAUUCCUAUCUGGCGUGAGUUCAAUAAUUCUUCUCAACUCAUUUUAUAAACUACUAUUUUCACAGAAAAGUUGAGUUUCUAACAUAGGGAACAGAAAGAGAGGCACUCUGGAUUCGAUUCUUUUCUCCUGGCAGAUUUGAUCCAUUUGCAGUUAAAGUCUACGCUGGCGGAAUCAAUGUUAUCUCAGGAGAAAACAAGUACGAGGCCGCAAGAUCCAAAAAAGCUGCCACCGGAACGGGGUCGUAUCAAGACUAUCUUAGGGUUCCAGGACAAAAAUGGCUCGAUGGAAUUGUAAAGUCCGACGGAUCGGUCAAGCAAUUUGUAGCGAUUCCUACUGGCUCCGGAUAUUCGGUUGAAGCACAGAUCACAGACCAUGACAAGAUUGCUGGCCUCCAAUUCGAGAUUAUUCCUCUCCGCUCAGAGCCUGAAUUUACUGGCCAAGUAUUCGUCAAAACGUUGACGGGAAAAAUAAUAUGUAUACCUGUGGAAUCUCGUUUGACUAUUGCAAUGCUCAAGGAUCGUGUCUCUAGAAAGGGAAGCAUACCAGCGGAUCAACAACGAUUGAUAUUUGGUGGAAAGCAACUUGCAGACCACUGUUAGUUUAAUUCGAUUACUAAUCACCAAACAUGGUCGGGCUGACAUAUGAUCCGUAGAUACUUUAUGGGACUACAAUAUAAAAGAUGUCGGUCUCAUAACAGGCUCGUGAGACUCUCUUGCUGAUAAAAUCUAUAGGGAGCGACAAUUCAUUUGGUACUCAAGCUCCGCGGAGGCGGCCAUCUACCGUCAAAGGUUGUAAAACAGAUGGAGGAAACGGAAGAAAGUUUGAAAGAACAAAUAGACGAAUUGGCAUUAGCACCUGGAGGUUCCAUUCAUCAAGCAGUCCACAAAGACAAUUUCAACAAAAAUAGGUAUGACGAAAAGUAUGCAGUUAUGUUUAACGUGCAGCUUCUAGGUCCAAAAACGUUCCAGCUAGUCACCGGCAUUCCACCUCCACAAACUUCCAUUUCCGCCGAAACAUACGCAGAGCAUGGAUACCCGUUCUUCGAAAUUUACAACGAACCAAGAACACUUACGGGAACAUUUGGACAAUUGUUAAAGAGCGUAGGAGAUAAUGACAAGGAAAAGAAUGUGAACUUGGAGGUCCAUGAGCGGGAGCAUGGUUUACAUUUCAGGACUGUGAAAUUGAAUAAGGUGGAUGAGAUUAGCGACUUUCAUUCCAAGGUACCUUUUAUGUAA